AUUUAUUUUAAGCACUGACCACGAAUUUAGUAAGAAUGUCGGACAGUGAAGAAACUCAAGUAAAAGUGGAAUUUAAAAAGAAGGGCAAGAAACAACUCCGCCAAAGGAAACCUUCCAACAGUGAAGACGAUGAACUCGAACAAGAUGCUGAAGCUGAUACUUUGUCAAAACUGGAAGAAACGAAAGAACGACAAAGACUGCGCAACAGACGAAACGGUGUUAAUAUUCUUAGCUUGGCCGCUGGUAAAAAAAUAUCCAUCGAAGAAGAGGUUACGGUGAAAGAUCCGUUCAAUAUCAAAACUGGUGGUAUGGUAAAUAUGCAAGCGUUGAAGGCAGGAAAGUUGAAAACAGCUGUCGAAGAUCCGUACGAUACAGGCAUAGGCACGCAGUUUUCCGCGGAAACAAACAAACGCGACGAGGAUGAAGAAAUGAUGAAGUACAUUGAAGAAGAACUAGGUAAACGGAAGGGCAUUGCGCAAGAGCAGGACAACCAAGUGGAGGGCGAAUCUUCCACCAAGUAUCUGAGUCCGGAAGAAGCGGCACUCCUGUCGCUGCCGGCACACCUUAGCCAAACGUCGUCCCAGCGUUCGGAAGAAAUGUUAUCGAAUCAAAUGCUGAGCGGCAUACCGGAGAUAGAUCUUGGCAUUGAGGCCAAAAUCAAAAACAUCGAAGCAACGGAAGAGGCAAAGCUCAAGUACAUGCAAGAGCAGCAAAGGAAGAAAGAUCUUCCAUCACACUUUGUCCCCUCGAAUAUGGCCGUUAACUUUAUGCAGCAUAAUCGCUACCGGAUCGAGAAUCCUGCCCCUACGAAGCGCCGUUACCAGGAGGAACAUCGGGAUCAGCGUGGCGAGGAUCGUGUGCCGAAGAAAGCGACGGACGAUUAUCAUUUCGAUAAGUUCAAAAAGCAAUACCGACGCCAUUGAGGGAU